AAUAUUAAAUAUAUUACAUGAAAACAUAGAUUGGAGUUUUAAUUCAUCUCCACAAAUUCAUUAAUAUAGAUCUCUCCACUUAGGGAAUCUAUCAACUUAGAGUUUCUGUGGUAUCAUAUUCAAUCUUAGUAUGUUUAGCCUGGUGCAUAACCUUAUCUUAUUAUUAAUUCAACUCGACAAGAACCAAUGUCAGUAAAUGAAGUUGACGAAAAAUACAUCUGUUAUCCAGAAAAUAUACAUCGUUAAUAUUUUUAUUCAUAAGGAUUUUUAAUUAUAUAUGAAGAUGAAGAAAUGCUUGCUAAUGUUGGUUGUGCAUUUCGAUUAGAAGAAAUUUAAUUUAAUUCAAAUAUUCAAAUCAUUAUGGAUUUGCUAUUCUUAGAUAUUAAAUCAAUCCCUGAUAUACAUUCUGAAAACUUUGCUGAAAGGGUUAUGCAUUUACAUUCCAAAAUGAAACCUGUUUCACAUGCCUCAUUCUUAAUAUCUAAUCCUCAUCAUUAUAAUUAAAUGUAUUAUCCUGUUGAUUUUGAUACUAAUCAUUUUUGUUCUGUCUAAACUUAAAUAUUUACUAUUCCCCUUAACAUAUCCAUCACUAAAUAAUAUCUUGAACAAUAAAUUAAACCUUAAUUAAACACUUUUAUUUACCAAACUAUACAUGUACUCAUUUAGGAUAGAAAUAUCCUACUCGACUAAAUUUUAAACAUAUAAUCAGAUAAAAAAAUCAUUUAAUUAUCCUAUAAACCAUUAGAAUAUCAUAUAAACAAUCCUGACUUAAUUAAUUUGAUUACUUAGGUAUACUAUUCUGACUUAUUAGAGUUUUUAUGAGUUACAUCACGAUCUCUAUGUCUUAUGGUGCGAACUUAUUUCCAUUUUAAAAGAGAAUUAUCGAAAUCUUUUAUUACUUUUAUAAUAAGAUUAUUGUGAACAAAUUAAAUUAAGAUGGAUGAAUUGCAUUUUAAUUAAUACUUCUUAGAAUAUCUAUUUAUAAUCUCACAUAAAUCAUGAAUUAGCUAAACUUAAAAGACAAAAUUUAAAGAAUACAGAAUUUCAUAGAAUUAUUUAUAAAGAAGCUAUAAUUCCAUUGCAUUCUCAUCCCUUUUUUUAUAGAACAACUUACAAAAAAGAAGGAUUACAAUAAAAUUCUAAUGAUAUUCCUCAUUAUAUAGUUUUACUUCAUGGUUAUUAGGGAACAUCUUACGAUAUGAGAUAUUGGAAAGCAAUUCUAAAUAUUCGUUUUUAAGAUUAAUUAAAAUUAAUAUUACCAACAUGCAAUGAAUUUAUUAAUAACAUAUCAAUUAAGUAAUAAGCUUAAGAAUUAGCUUAUGAAAUAAUUGAUUAUAUAACUCAUGAAAAAGUUUAUGAUUUCAAAUUAUCUUUUGUAGGACACUCAUUAGGAGGAAUAAUAAUUAGAGCAGCUCUUCCUCUUUUAAAUUCAUUUUAAAUCUAUAUGCAUACAUACAUUAGUUUAGCUACUCCACAUUGUGGAUAUGCACCUUCUAAAAGCUUUUUAAUUGAUACUGGAUUAAUGGUAAUUUAAAAAUGGAAUAAAUGUAAAACAUUGUAAGAAUUGAGUUAAAAAGAUAAUAAGAAUAUUGAUUUAACAUAUCUUUAUUAAUUAAGUACAUUUGAGGGAUUAGAAUGGUUUAAUAAUGUUGUUCUUCUAGCCUCUCAUUAAGAUCAUUAUGUACCUUUUCAAUCUGCUUUAAUUCAAAAAACAGAAGAAACUAAUGAUCAAAAAAUCUUAAUUUACAAUUAAAUGGUUACAAAUAUAUUAUCUAGAUGCAAAAAAAUAGAUAGAUUUGAUAUCAACUUUCUAAUAACAAAAAAGUAAAAAAUUUUUUAUUAUAUUUAAGAAAACUGGAUAAACUAAUUGGUAGAGCUGCCCAUAUCGAAUUCAUUGAUAACUUACUGUUCGUUAAGAUGUUUAUUUACUUAUUCGAUGAGUUUUUUAUCUGA